AGUCAGAAUCCAGAUACAAGGGAACGAUAUUUAGCUGGAGCGAGGUGGACACUCCUCAGCUCAGUUCUAUCACAAAAGUCCAGGCUGCUGAAAUUAAACUCUGAUGCCAUUCAUGCCGACAUCCAAUCAGGAGAGAGAGCAGAAGUUCAGAGAUGCCUACAAGUUGCCAACAAGUGUGGCUACCAUACAUCAAGGACUCUAAAGCCGUGAUAGAAGGGGAAGAACAACUUUAGAGAGGAUGCCCAGCUGCUUUGUAGAAACCCCAGCGCAUUUCUCUUGGAAAGAAAGUUAUUACCGAUCCACCAUGUCCCAGAGCACACAGACAAGUGAAUUCCUCAGUCCAGAGGUUUUCCAGCAUAUCUGGGAUUUUCUGGAACAGCCUAUAUGUUCAGUUCAGCCCAUUGACUUGAACUUUGUGGAUGAACCAUCAGAAAAUGGUGCAACAAACAAGAUUGAGAUUAGCAUGGACUGUAUCCGCAUGCAAGACUCGGACCUCAGUGACCCCAUGUGGCCACAGUACACGAACCUGGGGCUCCUAAACAGCAUGGAUCAGCAGAUUCAGAACGGCUCCUCGUCCACCAGUCCCUACAACACAGACCAUGCGCAGAACAGCGUGACAGCGCCCUCGCCCUAUGCGCAGCCCAGCUCCACCUUCGAUGCCCUGUCACCAUCGCCGGCCAUCCCCUCCAACACUGACUACCCGGGCCCGCACAGCUUCGAUGUGUCGUUCCAACAGUCGAGCACCGCCAAAUCUGCCACCUGGACGUAUUCCACCGAGCUGAAGAAACUGUACUGCCAAAUAGCAAAGACAUGCCCCAUCCAGAUCAAGGUGAUGACCCCACCUCCUCAGGGCGCUGUCAUCCGUGCCAUGCCUGUCUACAAGAAAGCCGAACACGUCACUGAAGUGGUGAAGCGUUGCCCCAACCAUGAGCUGAGCCGUGAAUUCAAUGAGGGACAGAUUGCCCCUCCUAGUCAUUUGAUUCGAGUGGAAGGGAACAGCCAUGCCCAAUAUGUAGAAGACCCCAUCACAGGAAGACAGAGUGUACUGGUACCUUAUGAACCACCCCAGGUUGGCACUGAAUUCACGACAGUCUUAUACAAUUUCAUGUGUAACAGCAGUUGUGUUGGAGGGAUGAACCGCCGUCCAAUUUUAAUCAUUGUUACUCUAGAAACCAGAGAUGGGCAGGUCCUGGGCCGCCGUUGCUUCGAGGCCCGGAUCUGUGCUUGCCCAGGAAGAGACAGGAAGGCAGACGAAGACAGCAUCAGGAAGCAGCAAGUUUCGGACAGCACAAAGAACGGCGAUGGUACGAAGCGCCCUUUUCGUCAGAACACACAUGGCAUCCAGAUGACAUCCAUCAAGAAACGAAGAUCCCCAGAUGAUGAGCUGUUAUAUCUACCAGUGAGGGGCCGAGAGACUUAUGAAAUGCUAUUGAAGAUCAAAGAGUCUCUGGAGCUGAUGCAGUACCUUCCACAGCACACGAUUGAAACAUACAGGCAGCAGCAGCAGCAACAGCACCAGCACUUACUUCAGAAACAGACCUCGAUGCAGUCUCAGUCUUCAUAUGGUAACAGCUCCCCACCUCUGAACAAAAUGAACAGCAUGAACAAGCUGCCUUCUGUGAGCCAGCUGAUCAAUCCCCAGCAGCGCAACGCCCUCACCCCCACCACCAUUCCGGAUGGCAUGGGAGCCAACAUUCCUAUGAUGAGCACCCACAUGCCAAUGGCUGGAGACAUGAAUGGACUCAGCCCCACCCAGGCCCUCCCUCCCCCACUGUCCAUGCCAUCCACCUCCCACUGCACCCCCCCACCUCCGUAUCCCACAGAUUGCAGCAUUGUCAGUUUCUUAGCAAGGUUGGGCUGUUCAUCAUGUCUGGACUAUUUCACGACCCAGGGGCUGACCACCAUCUAUCAGAUUGAGCAUUACUCCAUGGAUGAUCUGGCAAGUCUAAAAAUCCCUGAGCAAUUCCGACAUGCCAUCUGGAAGGGCAUUCUGGACCACAGGCAGCUGCACGACUUCUCCUCUCCUCCCCAUCUUCUGCGGACCCCAAGUGGUGCCUCUACAGUCAGCGUGGGCUCCAGUGAGACCCGUGGCGAGCGUGUGAUUGAUGCCGUGCGUUUUACCCUCCGCCAGACCAUCUCCUUCCCACCGCGUGACGAGUGGAAUGACUUCAACUUCGACAUGGAUGCUCGUCGCAAUAAGCAGCAGCGCAUCAAAGAGGAGGGGGAGUAAAACCCAUUUUGUGGGCUCUUCCUACACGCUUCCCGCCAGCCCACCCCUUAAAAGGCGCCCUUGCUUGAUCUUCACAGCAUUGUCCCUAGCUCCUCCCCUUCCUCUUCUCUGAUUUCUUAAGAAAAGAAGUAGUAGGAGGCUACCUCUUAGCUAACCUCUGACCUGGCAUCUGAUUCUGAUUCUGGCUUCAAGCCUUCAAAUCCUCUUGCUUGCAGGACUGAGUGGUCAGGGCUAGAUAGAAGUGAGCAAAAAAAAAAAAAAGCAGUGGCUGUCUCCUUAAGCUGUAGAGCUCUCUCAUUGACUUUUAUAAAGCAUUUUCACUCUUAUAGUCUAAGACUAUAUACAUAUAUACAUAUAUAAAUAUAUAUAAAUAUAUAAAUAUACAAUAUAUAUUUUUGGGUGGGGGCACUGAAUAUUGUUUAAAAUAUAACUUAAAGGAAUAGAUAUUGAGUUGCACUUAUCAACCUUUAAAAAAUUUACUUGUUUUGGAUUGCUUACCUUGGCCCCUUUUAUCAGGGGCAUCAUGUAUGAUGAAAGGUGUCUAGAGCUUGAUUGUGCGUGUGAGUGACAAUGGUGUGAGGUCCUUCCAGUUUUUUGGAUGCUAAACACAUGCCAUAUCAAAACUUUGGAUAGAUUCAGUUGUCUUUACCAUUACUUAUUAAUAUGGUAAGACUAUAUAUGUACAUGGUUCUCUGUGUUGGCCCAUUUUAUGUUGAUGGCAUCCCUUCUAAUGCCAUUGCUCAAGUAGGGAUGUUUGUGUUCACUUUGUGAAACACUAAAGGAGAAUACAUCUCUUUUUUGCUUCUUUUGGGAACAAGGAAUGUAAACUAAAUUUCUUUAAAGAUCCUUAUAGCCAGCUUAAAGCUGGAUCUAUCAGUAACCUCCUCAAAUUUAAUACCAGAUACCAUAGUAUUUAUUGAGGAAACAUUUGCUGCCAUUAUCCAUUAAAGGAGUCUUAAAACUAAAUUUGACUUCUGGAUUGACUAACUCAAUACACAUUUGCUGCUCCUUGUUACAAUUCAGGUUGACUCAGUUGGGAUGAAUGCCAUCUAUCUAGUUGUUACAGCAUAGUUGUAUUCUCUAUUAAUAAUAUCCAGGAAUAACAGGACUGAUUCAGAAUAUUGAGUCUCUAAUAAGUAGAUAUAUCAUCAAGCAAUAAAUUGAAAUUCCUUAAUGGUCUUUUGAAACAUAAGUAAUAGCAAGUAAAUGUUUCUUUUAAAGACCUUACUGUUCUAUAAAACUGCACAUGCAGGCUUGUUUAUCUUUUUCUUUUCAAGUUUUAAAAUAGAAAUGGUGAUUUGGAAAAUAUAGAAUUGUGAAAUCAGUUUUCCUAUGGCAUUGGUUGCAUCACUGUGUUAUUUUUCUUUUUUGAUCAAUAAAUGUUAGAAAGUAACCACGGGGACCCAGUUUCCCUUCAGUACCUUGGGGAAUGUGCACAUACUUAACCAUGUUUCACAGAUCGGAGGGGUAACCCUUUCAUGGAAGCUGUUGCUUCAACAAAGACUUGUUUUAGAAUUUUGGGGAAACAUGUAAAUGACAAUAUUCCCCCUAGAUGUUUUGGAAACAAACUUUGUAACAAAUAUAUAUAUAUAUAUUUUUCAAAAUAUAAAACAAAUAUUUUGUAUAUAUGCUAAUGAGCGCUAAAAUCUGUCCAUGCAUUCUGGUAGAGGGUUAUCAUUGCACAGAAGCUUCCAUUUUUAUUUUAAAGUGCAAAAGGGCUAAUAGAGCUCUAAAAUGUAUGAAUUGCAUUUGAGAAGUGUAUAUAUGUUUUGUGUGUGAAAUUGCAUACUUUGUAUUUUCUUUCUUCUUGGGAUAGUGGGUUUUCUAGAACCACAGUUAAAAGCUUUUUUGUAUUUUUUUUUUUUUUUUACAUUUUAAUGGAAAUGUUAUUAAGUAAGAAAGCAGUGUCAAGUAAGAACACCAUAAUUGUAAGAUGGGGGGAAGGGGAAGUUAUCAUUUUUUAUUAUUUUUUUAUUUUGUGUGUUAAAGAAAGAGAGUCCUUGAUUUCAACAUUUUGUGCUUAAAUGAUUGUAAGCACUAUUAGUUUCUGGAAUGAGCAUGCAGAUUUGAAAACUCAUUUGGGGAAAAUUAAAAGCUGUGCUUUGGCCCUUAUUAGGAAGACAAAUAGCUUCCUCUACUGUCCUUAGUUUUUUAAUGAACCUAGGACUUCUGAUCUAUUCAAGUGGCACUAGGGACUCAGAAAUGCCUGUAACUGUAUCUCAUGAGUUUGGUGUACCCAUACAUUGGCACAAUUACAUAUAGGUGUCAACUUUUAUUCCUUGGGUAUAUGACUAGCCAGGAUAAGAAGAAAAAGCGUGGCAUACAGACAACUGGAGUGGAGGUUAAGUGGCCUUCUGUGACCUCAACUCAGUGCAGUUAGCUGAAAAACAGGAUGAUCUUUGCUAGGAGAAACUUAUAAAGAGGAAUAGAGAGCAGAAAUCUCUUCCUUAAAUCCAUUUAACUUUUGUUUUCUUAUAUUCUCCUAAAAUACAGUAUGUGGGAUGUUGAAUGUUAAAGAGAUUUUGGAUUUUUUUAUUAUUUUUAUAAUUAUACAAAAUUAAGCACAUGUCAAAAGUUUUAUAUGCUUUAUUAAUGUUUUCAAACAUUUCUUUCAUAUAGAUGUAAUACUUUUUUUAAAGCUUCAGUUGCUUGUCUCUUGGUAUUUUUAUGUUCUGGGCUUUUGGUGAGCCAUAGGCAAAUCUAUAAGCCACCUAUGUUUGCCAAGACAUGCAAUAAAAUUUAAAAAUAAAUAAAAAUGCAUUGAGAAGUUG